UGGAAGUGAAACUAUCGCGCUAUGACGAAACGCAUGUGAACGCCAAGACAUCCGGCGCGUCAACCGCGUUUCAAUCACUUUGUACUUUCGCGCCUACCAGCUGCCAGCUCAACGCAUCACUCACCACCCGCGCAAUCCAUCCUGCCUGAACAAGACACUCCAAAGAGGCUACAUCGGCAUCCUCCGACAACCCUUGAGUCGUCAUCAUCAAUCGUGCAUCUUCCUCCAACAUACCUGCCACGAUGGCUGAAUCAAACAUCGACGUGGAGGCUCUGCCCGAGAUCGCGCCGUAUGCGGUCCUCGACUUAGAGCCAGAUGCAACGCAGGAGGAGAUCAAGCGGGCAUACCGUAAAGCCGCCCUGAAGAACCACCCCGACAAAGCAGCGGCCGAAGACAAAGUCGAAGCCCACACCCGCUUCCAAGAGAUUGCGUUCGCCUAUGCCAUCCUCUCCGACGAAAGGCGAAGAAAACGAUACGACACCACGGGCAGCACGGAGGAGAUCUUGGAGAAUGAUGAAGACUUCAACUGGGUGGACUUCUACCGAGAGCAAUUCGCCAACAUUGUCACGACCGAAGCGAUCGACACCUUCUCCAAGCAGUACAAGGGAGGCGAUGAAGAGCGCAGACAUCUUCUCGCCGCAUACAAGAAGCACCAAGGCAGCAUGGGCGCAAUAUACUCGAGUGUCAUGCUUAGUGAUGUGCUGGAGGACGAAGAGCGCUUCCGCGGCAUCAUCGACGAGGCCAUCAAGAGCGGAGAGGUGGAAGGCUUUUCCAAGUACACCAACGAGUCUGAGAAGAGCAAAAAGGCAAGGAUCACUCAAGCACAGAAACGGCGAGACCAGGAAGGAAAGGAGGCGGAAAAGGCAGCGAAGGAAAUCCAAGAGACCGGCAAGAGCAAAGCGAAAGGGAAAAAGAAGCCAAACGGUGAUCUCGGCGAUCUGGCCGCGCUGAUCCAACAGCGACAGCAGGGUCGUGCUGACAACUUCUUUGAUGCUUUGGAGGCAAAGUAUGCGCCGACGGGCAAGAAGGGCAAGGCGGGAUCCAAGCGGUCCAUGGAGGAGCCACCGGAGGAGGCCUUCGCGCGGAACGCCAAAAAGGGCAAGGGUGGUGCGAAAUGAUGAUGAGCCGAUGUUCAGAUUAUGGGAGUCGUUGUUUCAGCGAGGCGUACGGGGCGGCAUCAACGAGGAAGACUGGUGUUCUAUUACUUUGCAUUAUGGGUACAAGACUCUCAUCCAAGCCUGU